AGUAUACUCGGAUUUCGGAAGAGAGCGAGAAAAACGGAAGAAAAAUUUGUAUUGGACACCUUUAGAUAUUUGUUUUCACACUCACGUACACCAGCGCAUCAAUGAAGCUUCACUGUACUCUUUUGCUCGCCUUUGCGGCGGUACUCCUCUGCGCGACGGCGGCGCACAGCUUCAUGUUUCAACUACCCUCCGGUACGGAGCGCUGCUUCACCCAAGAAAUCCCUAGCAACACCGAGGCGAAGAUCACAUACAGCUCUGAGGAAGCGUACGGCGACUUUUUGGAUGUCACCAUCACCAACGCGGAUGGCGCAAAGGUUUACGCGCAGGAGGGCAAGGACGACGGCGUCUUCGCGGAGCACAUUGCCAACGGUGGCGAGUACGUUAUUUGCCUCACCUCGCGCCAAUCUACGAAGAGCGCUAAGAGCGUGCGCAACAUCCUGCUGUCGGUGAAGAUCGGUGCCGAUGCGAAGGACUACGACAAAUUGGCGACAAAGGACAAGCUGCGGCCGAUGGAGGUGCAAAUGCGUGUGAUGGAGGACACCGUCGCGGAGGUGCACAACGAGUUUAUCUACCUCAAGAACCGCGAGGCGGAGAUGCGCAGCACCAACGAGCACAUGACGGCGAUGGUGAUGUGGAUGUCGAUUGGCCUUAUUCUCCUCUUUGCCGCCUUUUCGUACCUUCAAAUGAGGCACCUGAAGCGCUAUUUCAAGAAGAAGCGCAUGAUUGAUUAA